AGCGCCCUGGGAGGGGUACUCAGCUGCGGAGAUUUCCCGGGGACUUCUGGGAAUAAGAAGUGGCUAAGAACGGAAGCGGAAGUGGCCCGAGGCUUCCUGGGAGUCGCAGUUUGUGGUCCUGAACUCUGAACGCACCGAUUCCAUUUCACCGCUAGGGAUCCGCGGCGGUUUGCCGCUGUGCGGGGAGGAUCUGGCUGUAACCCCGGGUCGCGUGAGACCAGUGCGGGCCGGAAAGGCGGCGCGAGCUGCAGCCUGGAGGGGAGCGGGCCCCGGCGCAGGGAGGGAACGGGCAGAGGUGGAGGGGCCCUGUUUCAGGGGAGUCCGAGCUGAACCGAGGUUGCGUGCUGUGCUUGCAGCCCGCGACCCGGUUCCCCGGUGUUGUAUCUUAUCUUUUCUGUUGUUUGAGGACCCAGUCUCGGAGUUGGGAGACUCCUGUUAUAUGCCUCAUAAACUGAUAGUUAGUGCUAGUGCUUUAAGAUUUUCACAGUACUAAAUUUAAGUGAUGAGAGUAUUGACUUUGUUGUGUACUUUCUUUUGUCGUGAGCAAGAUUCCAAGUUUCUGAAAUUACUGUCAGUCCAGGAAAGAGGCCUCAUCCAGAUUAAGGAUAAGUCUGUACGUGCGAUUUAGGGGUAAAUGUUUAGUAGAGGUGGAACCUCUAAAAUGUCCAGGGAGCUCUCCUUAACGCCUUAAGUUCUAUUCUGCAUUCAGAAUGGGACCUAUUCAAAUACUACUCCUUUCUACACUGCUUUUCCAGGCGCUGGUUUUACUUUCCUUAGUAGCUUCUCUCCAUGUGAUAUCACUGCCAUUUCUUCUGGUUGCACAUUUUCUGGUAUCGAUGUGCAUCCCCUUCAUUAUUUGUAUUUUGACUAGUUACCUCUCCAUUCUCUCCCAUUAAUAACUUUUGAAUCUUUAGGUUGGUUAAUCACAUAACUUCUUCUAAUGUCACAUUUUUACAUCAUUUUUUAAAAGAUUUUAUCUAUUUAAUUUUUAGAAAGAGAGGAAGGGAGGGAGAAAGAGGGAGAGAACCAUCAAUGUGUGAAACAUCGAUCAGCUGCCUCCCACACGCCCCCUACUGGGGGACCUGGCCCGCAACCCACGAUCUUUCAGUUCAGGGGCUGGUGCUCAAUCCACUGAGCCACAGCAACCAGGGCUCACUUUUACAUUGUUAAAGCAUUUUUUUUCCAGCUCUAAGUGUCUUUGUGACAUUGCCUGUUGGACCAUCCUCUGUCCUACCUCUUUGGCUUCUGCUUAUCUAUAGCCCACUGACUCCCAUAUUACAAGACUGUUUAUUCUGAUACACAUUAAUUUUGUUAAGUUUAUUUUUCCUCAGUGCAGUUUCCUUAUCCCUACACAAAAAAGGUAUUUCUGUAUUUUCUAUUCUUUCCAGAUUUGAAAACCAGAGCAUAUACCAAAGAGAACACCAUUAAAGUAUACUUUUGAGUGAGCAGCUUCAUCACUGCCAUUAUGCAACGACUCAGGGAGAACAUGUCCCAAGGAUUUUUUUUUCUUUUUAAGAAGCCUGUGAAUACAAGGCCAAGGUAGAAAAGCAAAGGGAUCUGUGGCUGGUGUGGGUCAGUGGACUGAGCAGUGGACUGAGUACCUGCCUGCAAACCAAAAGGUCACCAGUGUGAUUCUGUCAGGGCACAUGCCAAGGUUGAGGGCCAAGUCCCCAAUUUGGGGGUGCUCCAGAGACAGCUACACAUUGAUGUUUCCUCUUUCUCCCUUCCCGGUCUCUAGAAAUAAAGAAAAUCUUUAAAAAUUAAAUAAAUAAUAUUAUUUGAAAAUACUACUGAAAGUAAACUAAUUGAAAAAUUAAAAAUUGUUUAAAAAGCCAAAUGAGUUUUCAGAGAUACACGUUUAUUAUAGAAAAUACAGGUAAACCAAAAGAAAUUACACAUGAUCGUACUUUCCAAAGAUAAACCACUAAUUUUUGAAAUACAAUAUUUUGUAUUGUGUGUACAUAAACAUGUUUUUUUUUUACGUUUUUUUCCUUUUACAAAAAUGGCAUCUGGUUGAGUUUGUGUGGCCUUGUUCGUGUGUUGUGAGGGCUUUAAUAAAUAUAAUCCACAUUGUAAUAAUAAUAAUAAUAAUAACUUGAAGACAACUCAAGCACCCUAAUUCGUGGAACCUGAGAAAACGCUCUAAGGGGAUGCUGAGGUUGUCCUCAGGACACCGGUGUGAGUCUUAGGGCGACACUUCACCCCACGGAUGCCCUGCAUCCUCCAACCUCCAGGUCCGGACUACGAAGCCAACAAUGACAGUACAGGGAGGGAGAGGUGCAGAAACAAAAGGGUCCCAGAUGCUCCUCGGGCUACACAGGCUCCAAUCCCAGGCGUGAGGCUCCGCCCAGAGGCCCUUCCCCAAUCCGGCUUCGAUUUGGGCUCUUCAGACGCUGCUUCCUGUCACUGACCUUUGCCCUGCAGCCCAGCCCAAGAUGGCAGCCCCCGGUGCAGCCCGGGGCUCUGUCCGCGAGUGAAUGGGUGGCGAGUGCGGGCACAGUGGGUUGGGGGUGGGUGUCCCAGUUUCUGUGUCACGCUCUCCCGUCCGCACACAUGUGCUUUCCUGGAGCCACUGGCUGCCCUGUGCCUGGCGCGCCCUGCACAUCUCCACUGUGUGCGCCAAGAAUCGGGGCAGCCCGGGUCCGAGUGGGAAAAGGGGAAAAGCCGGUGACCUACGACGAGCCUCACCACAUUGCCCACCGCAAGAGCUGUCUGUCGCUGCGCACAGGUAACCUGGACGGGCAGGACCACGCUGCAGAGCGCAUGGUGGAGGAUGUUUUUCUUCGCAAGUUUAUGCUGGGCACCUUCCCCGGCUGCCUGGCUGACCAUCUCGUCCUGAAGCGCCGGGCUAACCAGGUGGAGAUCUGCGCUCUGGUCCUGAGGCAGCUGCCUGCGCACAAGUUCUACUUCCUCGUGGGCUACAGCGAGACCCUGCUGUCCCACUUCUGCAAGUGUCCCAUGCGUGUGCACCUCCAGACGGUGCCCUCAAAGGUUGUGUAUAAGCACAUCUAGGACACUCGUCUUUUCUGCAUCAGCCUCCGGCAGCACAGAAGCGUGUGGGGGAGGGGUGGAGUGGGAAUGGGGAAGCACG